AUGGGCAAUCUAGGUGACCUGUCGCCGCAGGGCAGCGUCGCGAUCGGAGUGCUUGUCGGGCUGGUCUCGACCAGUCUCCAGGCCAUCGGACUCACGCUUCAGCGAAAGUCGCAUAUACUGGAGGACGAGAAGCACCCGUACGAUGUGCGCAGACCACCCUACAAGCGGCGGCGAUGGCAGCUGGGCAUGGCCAUGUUUGUCAUCUCCAACAUCGUGGGCAGUACCAUCCAGAUCACUACGCUUCCGCUCCCCGUCCUCUCGACGCUCCAGGCAUCGGGACUAGUGUUUAAUACCAUCUUCGCCACGGUCAUCCUCGGGGAACCCUUCACUCGAUACUCGCUCGCGGGCACCGUGCUGGUGUGCAUCGGCGCCGUGCUGAUUGGGACAUUCGGCGCCAUUGGGGAGCCAGCACAUAGUCUGGAUCAGCUCUUGGAGCUCCUCCAGCGCCGUCCAUUCUUGCUGUGGAUGGGCGGCACGGCGGUGAUCGUGGCGGUGAUAUUGGCAAGCUCCAAGCUGCUGACGUACUGUCUGCCAUCGUCGCGGACAAGACCAGCCGCCUCCGGCUAUCUGGCGCCGCACCUGCAACGGUUACAGGCCCGCAUCAAGCUCAUCCGAGGCAUGUGCUAUGGAUCGGUUAGUGGCAUUCUGUCGGCUCACACGCUGCUGCUGGCCAAGUCGGCCGUGGAGCUGUUGGUGCGCACGGUGGUCGACCGCGUAAACCAGUUCAACCGCUGGCAGUCGUGGGUGAUUCUGCUGGCCAUGAUUUUUCUGGCGCUGACGCAGCUGUUUUAUCUGCACCGUGGCUUGAAGCUAUGCAGUACGAGUGUUUUGUAUCCCUUUGUGUUUUGCAUCUACAACAUCAUCGCCAUUUUGGAUGGUCUCAUCUACUUCCGGCAGGCCUCCCAGCUGGCAGGAUACCAUGCCGGCCUCAUUGCCCUGGGGACAGUGAUUCUCCUAGGAGGUGUUUUGUGUCUAUCGUGGCGGCUGGAAGAUAUCGACAACCAUGCCGCCGUCACUGUGGUCGGGCCCACGCAGACUGGACUCGGCCCCGGCAUGGCCGUUGUCGAGGAGCAUUCCCCUACCAGAACCGGGCUGCUGGAUGGCCGGGACGACGAAGAGGCCCAGAUUGGGGAACGCGAGCCACUUCUCCAUUCCACCGUUCGUUCGCGACGUCUUUCGUCUUAUCAUCGAGCGCGGGCCCCGAGUCUGCCGGUCGUCCCGCAUGUCGUCGACCAGCGCGAUUCGGCUGAUCUGGACCCGGCCUCCAUUUGGGCCGAACUCGACGACUCAGAUUAUGACUACGACGCACGAAUGCGCUGGUCUACGGACCGGCCACGCAGCACGAGCAGCAGUGCGGCGCUGACGGGCCCCGCCCGCGGGCUCGCUCGACACUCAACCGUUGGCCCAGCCACUCACGGCCAUCUUUGGGCUACUCGCCGAGUGCCGCCCUAUGCAUAUGACAGCCGGUGGCGGCGUCCAUCAGCGCCUCCAUCGGGAGCCGCAUUGGCUCCACGAAAACAGCGAGUACUCGGGAGUUUAAGCCCCUCGACAGGCACGGAAGAGGUCGCCGGUUACGGCACGAUCCAGGAAGAUGAUGACAGCGACGAUGCCCGGCGCAGACCCGAUGAUUCACAAGAUGCAGGAGCCGGUCUCCUCGCAAACUCGAGGAGAGCCCUCGCUGGCGCCUGGAGACAUGGGCGUCAGUUUUGGACCCAAUGGACGAGACCCUCGCAUGCGGAUGAUGAGCGGUCCGUGUCGCCGCGCUCUGAGAUUCGUCUCCCAUCGACCCGCCCUGUGAACGAGCAGUCUGUUCCUGUUUCGCAGGGUGUGAAUGAUCUGGCCAAACCGUCGUCGUCGCCACCAUAG